UGUAUAUAUACACAAGAAGGGCGACGCCAAGUUAAUUCAAAGCAAAUCCCCCUCGAUGGCUUGUAAAACUACUAGUAGUAGUACUCUUUCUUGGCUUCUCCUCUUCAGCCUCGCUUUCACACUGCAUGUUCGUCACUCAGCUUCUAAGAAUGACAGAAAGGUAUAUAUUGUGUAUAUGGGCGAGAGGCAGGGGGACGAGGACACCACCUCAUCUCUUCACACAAGCAUGCUCCAAGAAGUCAUUGGCAGUACUGCUGGACCGGAAUCUCUGCUCUAGCUAAAGAGGAGUUUCAGUGGAUUUGCAGCGAAGCUAACCGAGCAAGAAGCUCAACAAGUGGCUGGAAUGGAUGGUGUUGUGUCCGUGUUUCCCAGCGAAAAUAAAAAGCUGCAAACGACGAGGUCGUGGGACUUCCUUGGCUUUCCGCAGCAAGUUAAAAGAAGAAGAACUAUUGAAAGCGACAUCAUUGUAGGGGUGAUGGACUCUGGAAUUUGGCCCGAGUCUGAUAGCUUUGAUGACAAAGGAUUUGGUCCACCACCUAGCAAAUGGAAGGGGGCCUGUCAAACCUCAGCCAACUUCACUUGCAACAAUAAAAUCAUUGGAGCACAAUACUACAGGCUCGAACGAUUAUUUGGGAAAGAAGAUAUUAGAUCCCCGAGAGAUGUAGCAGGGCAUGGGACACAUACAGCAUCAACAGCUGCUGGAAACUUAGUUAGUGAGGCAAGCCUGCUGGGGUAUGGGUUGGGAACAGCACGAGGAGGGGUUCCAUCGGCACGCAUUGCUGUGUACAAAGUAUGUUGGGGUAUGGAAGUGUCGUGUUCUUUUCAUGACAUACUUGCAGCAUUCGAUGAUGCCAUCGCUGAUGGCGUCGACAUUAUCUCCGUUUCUCUCGGUGGAACCACUGCUAAGAUCUAUUUUGACGACCCAAUUGCCAUCGGUUCCUUUCAUGCUAUGAGAAAUGGAAUAUUGACAUCAACUGCUGCUGGUAACGAGGGUCCAGAUCCAGCAACGGUAACCAACUUUUCCCCCUGGUCUCUCUCUGUGGCUUCAAGCACUAUAGAUCGAAUGUUCCUCACUGAGGUCAUAUUGGGUAACAAGAAGAUCUAUCAGGGAUUCUCAAUUAAUAUAUUUGACCUAAAGAAUGAAAUGUAUCCAAUAAUUUAUGGUGGAGAUGCACCAAACACCGCAGCAGGCUUCAACGGGUCCUUCUCCGGGAAUUACACGCCAAAUUCGCUUGCUCGUAACUUGGUGAAGGGUAAAAUUGUACUGUGUGAUGUCCCAAGUAAAGGGUCAUUUGUAGCUGGUGCAGUUGGUAGCGUGAUGGGAGGCCGACGCCGACAUGAUUCUGCUAUCAAUUUUCCCUUGCCUGCAUCUGUGCUUGACUCCAAGGAUGCUAAAAACAUUCGCGCAUACGUAAGAUCCACAAGGAACCCAACUGCCACGAUCCUCCAGAGUAAUGAGCGUAAAGAUACAUCGUCCCCAUACAUAUCCAUCACCUCGUCAAGGGGUCCAAACCUACUUUCACCCACCAUUCUCAAGCCGGAUUUGGCUGCUCCUGGAGUCCACAUUCUAGCAGCAUGGCCUCCAAUCGCCCGAAUUUCUGACUUUGAAGGUGAUAAAAGAGUACAGUACUCAUACAACAUGCAAACGGGGACAUCAAUGGCUUGCCCACAUGCAACAGGGGCGGCUGCCUACGUCAAAUCCUUCCACCCUACUUGGUCACCUGCAGCUAUCAUGUCUGCACUUAUCACUACUGCUGCCCCCAUGAGCACUGAGAAGAACCCCGAUGCUGAAUUUGCAUAUGGUGCAGGCAAUAUAAAUCCUAUCAAGGCUCCAUAUCCUGGUUUGAUAUAUGAUAUUAAUCCACUUGACUAUAUCAAAUUUUUAUGUCGGGAAGGAUAUGCCACCGAGUUAUUACAGAGAAUUACUGGGGACAUUAACGAUCGCUGUUCUGAAGAAUCUAAUGGAACAGUUUUCGACUUAAACUAUCCUACUUUUGCUCUGCCCACGUCCUCCUCCAAAUUUAUCCGUCAUGUUUUCUAUCGGACUGUCACCAAUGUUGGAUCGCCAAUGUCAUCGUAUAAAGCUGUUGUGACCUCUCGGCCACAUGAUGGACUUCAAAUCAAAGUCAAGCCAAGCGUGUUGACGUUCAAAAAGCUUGGACAAGAGCUAUCUUUUGAGCUCACGAUCAAAGGAAGAAUAUUAAAGAAACGCAUAGCCUCAGCUUCUGUAAUAUGGUCUGAUGGUAAGUUCCAAGUGAGGAGCCCCAUUGAUGUGUUUGUUCCAUGAUGAUAUUAGUCCAUAUAUGAUACAUUAAUAUCAUCAUGUA